AUGGAUGAAGGCCAACGCGAAGAAGUUGCAGUAGAGGAAAGAACGAUCGUAGAAGAAGGCCAUGACAAAGAAGAUGCAGAUGAUGAAGAAACAAUGAUGGAAGGAAUCCAAUUGAGUAAAGAUGCCGUGAAGGCAAUUACAUGUAAGAGCUCUGUUUCGAACAAUAAUGGAACUCUGUCUGGUGAGCAAGGAAAAAAAUGCGUAAAAAAGCAAGCAACAGUUGGAUCUAAAUACGUUCGGGUAAAGCACAAAUGUCCAUUUCCGUCGUGCAAAUCCAAAGUCUAUCAUCUUCCGCGACAUAUGAGAUUAUCUCAUGGCUGGAAUAGGGACGAUGCGCUGAACGUGGUAAGCACAUUUGGUUUACGGAAAAAUCGAUCGAAACGUGAAAAUAAUAAGACACAAAAGAAAUACAUGUGCUCUGUCGAUGAAUGUAAAUCUGUUGUGAUAAAGAUCCAUAACCACUUGACCGAUGUACACAAAGCUACUCGUGGGAGCAAAGAAUAUAAAAGACUCCUAGAAAAGGCAAUCGAAUACGACCCCAUUGUCAUCUCUUCAGACAAUUCUCUGUCUGAGGACUCCGAUUCUUCAUACGAAUAUAGAAUGUGGAGAAAGGAACUUAAAAAAGAGCAGGAAAACGAACGGGAAGAGAGGUUGUAUAAUCAGGUUUAUUCAAGUGACGAGGAGGUAUUUGGCACCCCCACUCCUGCAAUUAAGAAGAAAGAAUGUGGUAAGAAGGCAAAUGUUAAAGAACAUCCUUCCAUAUUUCGAAAUGAUUCAGAAGACGAAUGGGACGAUGAGGAAGAUAAUGAUGACGGCAGUAGUGCGAAGAAAUAUAAAGUCUGUUGCAAGACAGGAAAUUGUAAAGAACAUCCUUCCAUAUUUCGAAAUGAUAGAGAAGACGAAGGGGACGAUGACGAAGACUAUCCAGACGAUGACGACGAUGAAGAUUUUACAAUUACGGGAACUGCAAUACAGGACCAGGGUCGCGCAUCAUCAUCAUCGGAGUUGAACGAGAGUCCUGUUUACAAGGACCCUCCAAAGGGCAACGGUGAUUUCAAUGGUGGAAGUGAAGAAGAGUUAUUUCCUAAUGAUGAUCCUGUUUCAACCAACAUGGAUGAUGUAUCUGAAUCCAUUUUUAAAGACUUUGAGUCAUGGCUUCAAGGGCCAGAUGGCGGGAGAAAGGACAGUCGUUGUGCUCAGCAGUGCUCUAGGCAAAUACAAGUCGUUAUAACUUACAUCGAUCCCGAAAAUCGAAAGUUAAUCAAAUUAUUUGAUAAAGGUGUUCUUCGCGACAAGUGGUUAGUAGUUUUUGAGAAGUCACGCCAGCCUGGGACAGUGAAGUCAUAUUUGGGCGCACUGCAUCGAUUUUACGCAUUUCUAAAGUGUGAACCGGUUGACAUUCCGGGAAUCGACCGUACGUCAGGUAUCUUCGAAACCCUGUGUGAGCAAAUGAAAAUGUGGAAUAAGUCGUGUGCAAAACAGGUGAAAACUCGCUUUUGGGAUAAAAGAAUGGAAGACAUCUCUAACUUACGAACACCCGAACAGGUCAAGCAGUUCGACACUUCUGAUGUGGCAAGAGAAGCGGUCAAAAUACUCGGCGAAUUUGAAGAAUCUCCAGAACAUGUCAUGCUAAGUCAUACACAGUACACAACAGUUCGGGACUACUUGCUAACUAUUCUGUGUAUAAACAACGGUAGUAGGGCUGGCGCCUUAGCUAAUAUGACUCUAGAAGAAUUCAGAGCAGCCAAACGCCACGAUUCGGAGUAUUUGGUGAACGUGAAAAAACAUAAAACGUUCGCCACGCACGGUCCUGCUCACAUCGUUUUCUCGCUGUCACUUUUCAAAUGGACGGAAAUUUUUAUUUCCAAAUGUCGUAACGCGCUAGGUGAUGUAGAUACGACUAAUGCAUCCCCAGUCUUCUUGACAUGGAGUCAGAAAGGCAUGACUUCGUCACACAUUGGUAGACAAAUCGACUCCUGUUGGGGAAAAACAUUCGGAAGAGAGGCAGCGUCAGGCGGCGCGACAGCAUUUAGAAAAGCUGUAGUGUCAGCUGUUGAGGAGUAUAAUGACGAGAUUCGCGAGGACUUGGCUACACUUAUGAAGCACCACAAGACGACAGCAGACCAGUACUACUUGCUUAGAAGACAAGCGAAAUCUGCCAUAAACGCAUCAAGACAAGUGACUCAAAUCAUGCAUACUUCGCAGCAAUCAUCCAGGCAUAAGUGGAGUGAUGAGGAGGAGCAAGUUUUGAAAAAGCUAUUUUCCAAACAAAUUGAAAACUGUUCGAUUUCCAUACACGAGGUGAAAGAAAUUUCACAGAAAGAUCCACUGCUCUCCGAUAUGCCUUUAAUGGUUAUUCGUAACAAGGUCCGGUCCUUUUUCAAGACUAAAGAGGACACUGCUGUUUUGCCAAAAGAAUUGGAGACUUCGGAUCAACGUUGCGAAAGGCUUGGUUUAUCAGUCGAUAAGACAAGGAGUGGAAGAAAACAACAAAAUGAUGAUAUGGAGUACACACCAAGUAUUCAACUAUCAGCAUCUGAAUCUACGACAACCACAACAACGCGAAAAAGUACGAUUUUAACUGCAAAAGAAAUUGCUUUAUUCCAAGAACUUUUCAAGGAAUUGAUUGCCAACAAAAGACCUAUCAAAAGGGAUUUCGUCACUUCUCAAAUUGAAAAACAUAAAGAAUUGAAACAUAUUUUAAAAAAAUGUACACCUUUACAACUUGCAGACAAGGUGCGAACCGAAAGAAAGAUUGCCGCGCGGCAAUAAAUGCCGCUCAGUAUAUAAUAGGAUAAUGCAUCGGCUUUUCGGUACGAGGUUAUUAUUUUUAAUAAUGGCGAAAAGCUCAUGCAUUUUAUCUGAUUUAAUAAAUUUUCAGUUAGACAAUCAGGUUAUUAUUUUUGUAAUAAUAACCUACCGUGCUAAUAAGAACCAAGUGUUCUGCUUCAGUGAACAUAGUAACCUGAUUGUAUAGUUAUUACAGAUAAGAACAUGCACGUUCAAAACAAGAGAAAAUUUAUUAAUAUGGGAUAAAACUAUAAACGGUUUCAUAAAACGUUUUCCGCUAUCAAGAAUACGAAAGAUAAUUCGCAGUUUAUCAUUUCAAGUUAUAUAGUUAAUUGUUGCGCAGACAUUGCUAUGGUUUAUAAAGCUAUGUACUUUACGUUUGCAUGUAUAUAUUUGAUAAACGUGUACCACUGGGAGUAGAGGUCGUAUAACCUGACCUAAACUAUUUGGUAUAACCACUAAUCCGUAACUGAACCAAACAAAUAACUUUACAAACAACUCAUCUUUAGAUCUAAUAUUUGAGAAGGACAAAUGAAAACUACAUCCAACUUUUUUCUCAUUUUCAAUAUUAAUUCCUCAUCAGUUAACUUUAUACAGACUAAAGUUGAGUUUGUAAGUAAUUAAAGGUUUCACUGUAUUUCUCCCCUUUUCUCAAAUAUUGAGUGUCAAGAUGGAUGUUUUACUCAAAGUUGGUCGAAACAGUAUACUUUCGUUAUAGAGGACUUUAUUAAAUGGGGGUAUUGAUAAAAAAUACUUUACGUGUUUGUGUAUCUAUUUUUAAUAAGGUACUAUAUUUGUUAAUAUUGUGAGCAUUAUGUUAAGUGUUAAACAUUAUUAUUUUCACGAUUAAAAUGCUGUUCUGCUUCUUAACGUUCGUAUGUAUAAAAAUACAUCAAUUUAUUAACAUUUGCAAACGGAGUGUGUUGUAUUCAUUGUUUCUUAGUAGAGGAACCAUAAUGCGUAAUGCAUGCAAUUGUGCAUCCACAUUAAAAUUCAACUACGCAGUUGGCGUAGAUUUCAUGGGGACAGAAAAGAACAUUACAUUGGAACUAUUGCCUACAUGGCAAUAUUCUCAAUGUAGCUAAUUGCCUACCAUGCAUGCAACAGCGUUCUUUAGCCACAAGGGAUUGCUUGCAACCUGACGAGCUAUUGGUCAAAGUUUAUCGAAAACAGUGUGGGUAUACAUAACAUAACCUUAACGGUUUUCAUUAUUUAAAUGUUUGAAUCACAAAAAUACAAUUUAGCACUGCAUUUAAAAGUGACGCUAGCGUUCAACGAAACUUUGCAACGGAAAUCAUUUCGCCUACGUAAUCCGGAUUUUUAAAGUCAAUAUGAUACAACACUGUUUAUUGUCUUAGAUGAAGGACUCUUAGAACUUUAUUGUAACGUCUUUUGUAGAUUUUCAUUUCAUUCAUUUCCAUGUUUGGUUGUUGAGAUAUUUUCAACCAACGUGAUGUCAUAUUGACGUCAUUUACGUGUAAUGAAAUAUUAAAGAAGGUUUUACAUUUCUGUUGUUAUCAAACGAAAUAUUAUUUAGUAUAAGGAAUAUAUGAUUACCACUGAAGGAGAAAUAAAUACGUGCUACUUGGUCCAAGUGAUUUUGCGAAAUACAAACGAUGAGGUAGAACUGGGCGCUCCAUUGUUAAUAAUUGGAAACUAGUAAAAUAACAACGAAACAUGGAAAAUAAAAUAUAUAAACGCAAUCAUAAACAGUUUUAUGUCAUAUGCACUUUAAAAGUUGUCCUGUGUGAUACCGUCGUAGUUAGAUCCACUGCCGUAGAACUACUGUAAAUUCAUAAACUGAGUAUGGGCUCUCUGGACAAGCAUGUUUCCAAGACAUGAACAAUACCUCAUCCCCCCCAACACAUGAACAAUACCUCAUCUUUAUUGGAAUAAACGUAACUGAUGCUUGGUGAAUGAAACCUAUCGGGGAAAAUUGGCAAUAUAUAGGGCCAGCUUUUAGUUUUGGA